CAGGAUGGACCCCAAAGAGCGCAAGAAGAUCCAGUUUUCGGUGCCCGCUCCCCCCAGCCAGCUGGACCCCAGGGCGGUGGAAAUGAUUCGCCGGCGGAGGCCAACCCCAGCUUUGCUGUUCCAGUUGUCCGAAACUUCAUCUCCUGAAGAUGAAGCGUCUCCGUACCAGAGAGCUCUGGGUGAAGGCUAUCACCUGAAGAACAAAAGGAACGCUCCCUGUGUCUACACACCCCCUUCUCUUAAAGCUGUGCAGCGGCUGGCGCAGAGCCAUUUGGAAUCCAACAGUUCUUGGAUGGAGGAGGACUAUGCUGAGGACGUUGAGGAAGACGAAGAAGAUGAAGAGGACGAAGAAGAGGCUCAGGACUCAGACGACACCGUCCGGGAGAUGCCGGGCCUGUGCCAGCCAGAAGGAUCUCAGGGGCAGAAACAGCCAGGCUCCGGCACCAAGGCAGCCUUGCUCAGACAGUGCACAGUCUUGGAAAAUAAGCCCAAAGAAUCGGAGUGCCCCGUCUAUCCAGCUGUCUCCAAAUCACAGAAACGGAAAGGUGGGCAGAAAGUGUCCUUUGCCGGAUCCAUAGAGGAAGUCCGCGAGGAGCCCACCUGCCCCGGGGAACCUGAGAAACCAGACGGUGCCGAAGGAGGGGAAGAGAAGGACCAACAGAAGCAGGAAGCAGAGGAGGAGGUGGAGAAGGGGGACCCACCACCUGCAGAUAACAUCACGGAACUGAGUCAGUCCGGAUGGGAAGAGAGACCUCCUUGUGCCGUCGACAUGGAAACGUGUUCCUCCCCGCCCCCUAUCCGUACCACCACCUAGCACAAGAGGUGAAGAGCAGACACACGGGGAGUCCUUCUGUCAAGCUGAAAACUCCCUUUUCCCACCAAGACAGAUUGGAUCGUCUCUUUCUCUUUUAUUAUCCUUUUACUUCUGUUCGGAACUUUGUAUUUCAUUUGGCCG